AUGCCUCGAGCAGAACCAGUCAAGGUUCCGCUUGAAGAGAUCCACCGAACGCUGGAAGAUCUAGGCCGGCAACACGCUCGAGACCAGGCCCGACGGAAUCCCAAAGCCGCGCGUCCACGAAACGAGCCGGCUGGUCUCGUUCUUGACGAGACAGCCCUUCAGGCUUUCCGAGAGCCCCCUAAGGAGCCGGUUAGAGUCCCGUUUGACGAGAACCAGCGCACACUGAGGGACCUGGGCCGUCAGAAUGCCGAAGAAAGAGCCUGGCGGAGAGGGGGUCUCCCGCAAAAUUCCUCGGAUCCACAGUUCAGGGGCGGGAAGGUCAUGUUAUCUCCCGAGGAGGUCGCUUGUACUAUUCGCGAUCUAGACCACUGGCAUGCCGAAGAAAUGGCUCGUCGAAGACGAGCAGCUCGGCCGCAGGAGGUCAUGGAGUCAGAGACCCGAAAUAGGAAGCUCAGAGUCCCCCUCGAGGAGGUCACUCGCACAUUAGAUGGCCUGGACUGCCAGCAUGCCGAACGAACAGCCCGACGGAGAGAAGGGGGUCGCCAGCAAGAAGCAUCGAAGCCACAAGGCGAGAAGGUCAUGUUACCUCCUGAGGAGAUCUCCCGCACGUUGAGCGACCUAGAGCGCCAGCAUGCCGAAGAAAGAGCCCGCCAGAGAGAGGUAUCUCGUCCGCAGGAGGUCAUGGAGUCACAGAUCCGAGGCGGGAACAUCAUAUUACCUCCCGAGGAGGUUUCUCGUACUAUGAGCGACCUGGACCACCAGCACGCCGAAGAAACAGCUCGUCGGAGGCAAGUACCUCGUCCACAGGAGGGUAGGCGCUCAUCUCUUCGAAGUGCCAAGGUCUUAUUACCCCUCGAAGAAGUCGCUCGUACAAUAGACGACCUGGACCGCCAGAAUGCCGAGAGAAAAGCCCGUUGGACUGAAGGCCGUCAUCCGCAGGGAGCCAUGGAGCGACAAUUCCGUGGUGAGAAGGUCAUAUUACCUCCAGAGAUUAUCAGCCGUGCGUUGAGCAACUUAGACCGCCAGCAAACGGAAGAAACAACCCUUCGGAGACAAGCAAGCUCUUCGCAGGAGGACCUAGAGCCACAGGUCCAAGGUGGAAACAUCUUAUUACCCCUCGAAGAGGUCGCCUGUACAAUGGGCAACCUAGACCACCAGCAUGCCGAAGGCCGACCUCGCCGAAGGCAAGGAGCUCAUCCACCAGAGUCCAUGGAGCCGCAGCCGCAAGGUGGAAAGUUCAGAGUGCCUCUUGAGGAGAUCGUUCGUGCAUCUGACGAUCUGGACAGACAACGUGCCCAACACCAGGCCAGUCGGCCCCACCAGGCCCCCCAAGGGGCGGAUGCUACCGAACUUGUGAAGCGACCAGCCACCCCUGAGCCGGCCUUCCCUCCUCCACAGACGCCGCGUUCCCGCAAGCGCCAUCGAACACAGCAAGAAGAACUUCUGACUCCACCGCCCUCGGGGGCAGGCAGCUCCCGGAAAAGGCCUAGGCUGUUGCAUGAGACCGUCCAACUCCAGCAGCAAUCCCUGGAUGCAUUUCUACAAUACCGAGAGUCGUGCUUUCGCGCCAAGAAGGACGCAUCGGUAGGAAGAUCCUGGUGCAAAGAGGUCCCCGUUGCCCUUCAAGUCGAUACUUCGAAGUCGUUCUACGAGGAUUUCACAGAUGGAAGGACGUUACCCAUUUCCCACUGCAUUUUCUGCUAUAGAAAAUGCCCGCCAGCCAACAUUACUACUAUCCAUUGGAGGACGUACUUGACCCCCGCGUUGCUGCAGGCUACGACGGCUCUUCAGAAAUGCAAAAAGUGUCUCCCACAGGACGGUGACAUGGGGGUCGAUAUUUGCCUCGAGUGCCGCGGCGUCAUCGAAAACGGAAAGCUGCCGAAGGCAUGUUCGGUCAACAACAUGGACAUCGGAUGUGAGCAUCGUUAUCCUCGUGAACUCGAUGGCCUCUCCCCUGUCGAGGAGAGGCUGAUCGCUCUUCAGGCUCCUUUCGGCUAUAUCACGAAGUUCACUGUUGAUAACAAAACGCCGUCAGGUGUCAGUUACCGGAAACACGUGAAGGGUCACAUUGUCGUAUUUCCGAACAAUGUAGAUGACCUAGUUGCCACGGUGCUCCCUCACCCGCUUCUUCAGACAAUCGAGAACAUCCACGUGUCUUAG